GGACAAAGCCGUUCCAAAUAACCCACAAAUCUACUUGAACCCGCGCAGUCAGAUCGGUCAAACUAAGCUGCAAGAAUAGCAUUCCUCUGAUCCUAUAACUAGUCGAAUCUACUUAAACACGUAUGCUCGAAUGCUAAUAAGAUGAUAAAACAACCCCUAUCAUCUCAAUUUGGGAACAUGUGUGAAUUGAACAAGCAGGGCCAGAUCAAUCGUCAGUCUACGUAAGCUCUAAUGUACCACGUAUGCAGUGACGUCAGUUUCACUGCCCACACAGGACUCAACACAGACUCCAGUUUACCACUCGCACUCUGCUCUAUAAAAGCCGUGGCAGUGUGGCACCUAUCUCUGCAAGCCAGACAAGUCUCGAGCCUCCGGCGAUCAAGCUCCAGCAGCCCCUAUACGGCUGCCACUCCCAAGAAAAUCGGAGAGCGAGCAGCACCGUACCUUGCCCCGGCCGGCUAUGAGCAUGGUAGUCCCCCGCUUGAAGCUGGGCUCGCAGGGGCUGGAGGUCUCGGCGCAGGGCCUCGGCUGCAUGGGCAUGUCCUUCGCCUACAGCUCGCCCAAGCCCGAGCCCGACAUGAUCACGCUCCUCCGCCACGCCGUCGCCGCCGGCGUCACCUUCCUCGACACCUCCGAUUUCUACGGUCCGCACACCAACAAGGUCCUCCUUGGUAAGGCGCUGCAGGGAGGGGUGAGGGAGAAGGUGCAGCUGGCCACCAAGUUCGGCAUCGCGUCCGGCGCCGAGUGGGAGGUUCGCGGCGACCCGGCGUACGUGCGGGCGGCGUGCGAGGGUAGCCUCCGGCGCCUGGGCGUCGACUGCAUCGACCUCUACUACCAGCACCGCAUCGACGCCAGGGUGCCCGUCGAGGUCACGGUGAGUCGUCCUUUCGGCAUGGGUGAGCUCAAGAAGCUGGUCGAGGAAGGAAAGAUCAAGUACAUCGGACUAUCCGAAGCAUCUGCUUCGACAAUCAGAAGAGCUCAUGGAGUUCAUCCUAUCAGUGCGGUUCAGCUGGAGUGGUCAAUAUGGUCUAGAGAUGUGGAAGAAGAAAUAAUCCCUACCUGCAGAGAACUUGGAAUUGGAAUCGUGGCUUACAGUCCUCUGGGCAGAGGGUUCCUAUCUGGUGGGGCAAAACUGAUUGACUCACUAUCAGAGCAGGACGCAAGAAAGGGUGCUGAAUAACUAUUUAACACACUAGCCAACAAUAGGUUUGUCGCAGCCGGAAUUGGACGACUACCAAACUACUUGAUUGUUCGUGUCUCGCGCGUUGGAUCGGAAUGGUCUAGCACACAAUGACUCGAGGGAUUUAGACUGGUUCGGGUCGGAAAUGCCCUACGUCCAGUAUGAGGGGUGGUGCUCUCUCUCUGUUGCUCGAGCCCAGGUGCUCAAAGUUGUCGGAGAGCUUACAAGCCUUCGAGUAGUGAAGGAAUGGUUCUAUAUCUUGCCUACGUGUGUGGGAUCCCCCUUUUAUACUUCAAGGUGGGACCGACUAUUUACAUGUUUCUACUGCUAGCGUACUUCAAGGUGGGACCCCCUAUUUACAUGUUUCUACUGCUAGCGUGCGCUGCUCGUUUGUUGGAGGAGACUUCUUUGUCCUUGUCAGUCGGUGGGCCCCGCUUCGUCGGUCGGGAGUUGCCGCAAUUCUUUAGUUGGUUUUCUUGGGCAACAGGUCUUCGCGCUCCCGUCCCAUCCUCGGUCGGUCGGGAUGGUUUCCCCACUCGGUCGGGGCUCAGCGGUCGUCCUGUCGUUUGUCCGUCCGUACGUCUUUCACACGUCCUUCCUUGAGUGGGCUCUGACCGGGGAGUGGCAUGCUUCCUGACGGGCUCAGCUUGUCAGGUGGCUUCGCCCGAUCGUAGUCGCCCGGCGCUGAUGGUGCGGCGUCAGGGUGGUCAUGAUGACUGCGUGCGGGCGGAGGAGUUGACGCCCUCUCUCCCGUUUUCUGCCGCGGGUACAGGUAGGUGGCACAGUUUGCACAGUGGCCCCGUCAGGGGGUCCUGUUCGGGUGCACGGACACGCUCUGCGGGAGUGGGCGGCGCGUACGGCAGCAUGGGAGGCAGGCGUGGCCGCCAUGCCCCAGCCCCCGGGUCAUCUCCUUGCCGAGCAAGACCCGGGUGGGUCGGUACGGAUUGCUUCCGCGUGUGCGUUCGAUUGGGGGGUUGCCACGUGUCCCUUCCUUUUCCUAAUGCCGUCGGGCGGCGGCCGCGCUGUGUGUUGUUGUGGCCUGCCCGGGGCCCUUCUUGGGCCGAUUGCUGGGCCGUGGCAAACGACGGGAUCAGCUUUGUUAGGGGACCCCGGGGCCUUCCCUCCAUCAAGGUUGAUUCACACACAGACCCAAGCCCAUCUAACAUCUAUCCCGCAACCGGAAAAUUAAGAGGUUUAGACCGGAAAUAAGUCUACGUGACCGGAAAAUUUAGCUACAACCGCAAAAGUAAAAAGUCCUAACCGGAAAUCGGUCUAUGCGACAAGAAAAUUUAGGCAACUGAAAAUGUAAAAGGUCCUAACAGGAAAAUUAAUAGGUCCAAAUCAGAAAUCGAUUCAACGUGACUGAGUAGAGAUUGAAAUUUUGGGAAUUGCAUGUUGACUUGGUGAUGUUUUGCCGAUCUCGAGAAAUCAACGGAGGCAUUAGAAGACAUGAACAGGAUUCUUGACAAAUAAUCAUUUAGUUCCACCUUAUUUUGUUUUCCUGCUGCAAAAAAUCUCCAUUUUUUACCCAUGUUGUCAAUUUAAGUAACUUAUCUAGCCUCAGUGUGACCCCACAUCCAGAUAUAUUCAUAAUUUUUCUUGUUAGAAAUUUUGAUUUUCCGAUCACGGAUGAUACUCUUCCCAGGCAAAGGGAUUUUUUAUGUAGUCCAACGUGCUUGAUAUAUUCAUAAUUUUCUUGUUAGAAAUUUUGAUUUUCCGAUCACAGCUCAUACACAUUUCGGGUUUCAGAAUUGUUGUUUUUCUGUUUCAGUUUGGUUCAACGCGGGAGUAAUUUUUCGGUUACAAGCACCAUUUUUUGGUUUAAGAAACUUUUUUCCUAUUGAAAUAGCAAUUUUCCGGUUUCGAGAAUACUUUUCUUGGUUUCAGGGAUACCUUUUCCGGUUUUGGCUUCCUGUGGCAUGUUUUUUCUGUUUUCGGGAAGAUUUGGUUUCGGCCUGUUUACCUCUGGAGGGGGGGGGGGGGGGGGGGGCUGGAUACAAAUCCAGGCACCCAGCGUGCUAGCGCCCCCUAUACAUACAUACAUGCAUGCAUGCAUGUACAUGUACAUAUAUAUUCUCAUCAAUUGCCUCUAUUUCGUGAGAACUUCAUUGUUUCAUAGAAUUUCCCAAGAUUUCGGCCAGAGAAUCUUGACAAGAAUGCCCAGAUAUUCGAGAAAGUUAAUGCAAUGGCCACAAGAAAAGGAUGUACACCGUCGCAACUUGCAUUGGCUUGGGUUCACCAUCAGGGAUGUGAUGUUUGCCCCAUACCC